CCGAAAAGUAAUUAAUUCCUGAUCAGGAAAUAAAUGAUCUUAGAAAAAUCUGCUAAUUGAUAUGACGACUGUACGUAAAAUAUUCAAUGCAUACCCAAAAUGAACCCCUAUAUAUUCAUACGGGCUUUAGUAGUUUUUCCUCACUCAUCCCUUCCAAAAUCUUUAAGAGACUUUUUCUUUUCUGUUUCUCCCUUGGUUAAAUCAAGGAUUACUCUUAUUUUUCCAGCACAAAAAAAAAAAACAAAAACAAAAACAAAAAUGAGUUUAAGUGGUAAGCUGGUCUCCCAGAUUGAAAUAAAGUCGAGUGCAGACGUGUUUCAUGAGUUGUUCAGAUACAAACCUCAUCAGUUGUCUAAAAUAAGCCCAGAUAAUGUUAAAGAUUGCAAUUUGCAUGAUGGUGAUUGGGGCACUGUCGGAUCCGUCAUCUCCGUCAAUUAUACUCAUGAUGGAAAGGAGUGUGUUUCAAAAGAUAUAAUUGAGGCCAUUGAUGAGGAAAAGAAGCUUGUGAAAUUCAAGAUAAUUGAGGGAGAUCUACUGAAACUGUAUAAGAAUAUCAGUGUAACAGUUCAUGUGGAAACCCAUGGUGAAAGCAAUUUGGUGACUUGGACCAUUGAGUAUGAGAAGCUUCAUGAAGGCAUCCCUGAUCCCAACACUUUGAUGGACCUUUGCCUCCAACUUACCAAGGAUAUUGAGUCUCACCAUCUCGGCAGCGGCGAAACAUCAGGCAAGAUGGCCAAGAAGAAGCUGGUGUCCUCCAUUGAAAUAAAGUCAGAUGGAGAUGUGUUUCAUGAAAUCUUCAGAGACCGACCACACCACAUUUCCAACAUGAGCCCAACUUAUAUCCAGGGAGUUGACUUGCAUGAUGGUGACUGGGGAAAAGUUGGAUCUGUUAUUUUCUGGAACUACACUCAUGAAGGAAAGCCUAAAGUUGCGAAAGAGAUCAUUGAAGCAAUUGAUGAGGCCAAAAAAUCAGUGACAUUUAGAGUGAUUGAAGGGGAUCUUAUGGAGCUGUACAAGACCUUUGUGAUCACUGUUCAUGUGGAUACAGUUGGUCAGAACAACUUGGUGACCUGGACGUUUGAGUAUGAGAAGCAAAAGGAGAGCGUCCCAGAACCCAAUUCACUCAUGGAAUUCUGCCUCAGUGUCACUAAGGAUAUUGAGACUCACCAUCUCAAAUAA